AUGCUGGAGUCGCGCGCGCGCGAGGCGGCGGCGUGGGCCGCAGAGGCGCACAUCCAAACCGACGGCCAGGAUCAUGAAGACCUCAUGGACUGCUGGUUGGCGAAACGCCAUGCCCCCCCGCCCCAGGCGCCGCGCGCGGACGGCCCAGCGAACCCCGACCAUGAACCGCCCGAGGAUCCUGGAGGGUUCGGGGUGCAGGAGCUGGACUUGGGAUUGGGGGCUGGGUGGGAGACUUGUUCUGGACUCAGUACCCGCUGGCAGCCGCACCGGCUUCUUCUUCAGUCGGACGUCGAGGGCACGAAUCCGAGGGUCAAGCAUGGCUUGUUUUGCUGUCGGCGCGACGCAGUGAGCCCCGAUGGUGAAUUAACCCUGGCUGUGUCCGCCGUGUGUCUCGGCCGCGAUAGGGGAGGCACCCGGGAUCAGCUCGGGCGUAUGUGUUACGGAUAG